AUGAGCGGCCCCCUAGAGAACGGCAAACUGCUGGAUCUUGAUGCACAAGCCGCAGCGCUAGACCAAGACGACGGGCUGAAACAACUCCGGGACGAGUUCGUAAUACCGUCGAUAGCUGACAUAAAGCGUCAAACGAUACAAAAGGAUGAUACCACGGAAGCAAACGCCAGGGCCUGCACUUAUCUCUGCGGGAAUUCCCUGGGUCUCCAGCCGAAGAGGACAUCAACUCGCAUCAAGCAGUACCUCGACACAUGGGGCACCCAAGGAGUGCAGGGUCAUUUCAAGCCUCUAGAUGACUCUCCUCUGCCGACCUGGCUUGAUGCCGACGCCCAUGUAGCCAAGCAGAUGGCUCCGAUUGUAGGGGCGGAUGAAUCAGAGGUUGCCGUGAUGCAGACACUGACAGCAAACUUGCACUUGCUGAUGACGGCCUUCUACCAUCCUGAUCCCAAAGGCAAACACAAGAUCAUCCUGGAAAGUAAAGCCUUCCCAAGCGACCAUUUUGCCGUUCUCAGUCAGAUCCACCACCAUGGCCUAUCGCCGGAGACGUCCAUGGUCGAGAUCCAGGCCCCGUCUUCGGAGGACAACGUGCUCACCACAGAUGACAUCGUAUCUCUGAUCUCAAAGCAUGCAUCUGACACAGCCUUGAUUCUUCUCCCAGGCAUUCAAUACUACACUGGCCAGCUCCUCGACAUAUCUACCAUCACUGCCUUUGCACAUAAGCAUGGCAUCUUCAUCAUCUGGGACCUUGCCCACGCUGUCGGCAACGUGCCGUUGCACCUGCACGAAUGGGAUGUAGACGCGGCGGCGUGGUGCACGUAUAAGUAUCUGAACGGCGGUCCGGGAUGCAUCGGUGGCAUGUUCAUCAACUCAAAGCACAGCCUGGUGGCCACGGAGAUCAACGAUCCCAACCCUGAGCGUGGUUACGGAAAGCGAUUAUCGGGAUGGUGGGGGAACGACAAGGGCACACGCUUCGCGAUGGAGACGAAGUUCCACCCCGUCAAGGGAGCCGCUGGCUUUCAGCUAAGCAACCCGAGCAUCCUCGACAUCACCAGCCUCGGCGCUUCCCUCGAGGUGUUCGACCUGGCUGGCGGUGUAGCACCACUGAGAGAGAAGUCCAAGCGGCUCACCGCGUUCCUAGAGCAUUGUCUGGCAUCGCUAUCAGAUAAUGCCAGGCGACUGUUCCGCACGAUCACGCCCACAGAUCCGGAGCAGCGCGGGGCUCAGCUGAGUCUGCUGCUUGGGGACGGGCUGCUCCACGUGGUGAUGCAGGAGCUCGAGGCUCGCGGUGUUAUCGUGGACGAGCGCAAGCCCGAUGUCAUUCGGGUUGCGCCCGCUCCGUUGUAUAACAGCUUUAGCGACUGUGUCGCCUUCGUGCGAGCUUUUGAGCCAGCACUGCUUGCGGCACAAAGAAGCAGGGGAGCAUAG